AUGGUUGUUUUUCAGCUUUCAUAAAGACUCGUUUUAAAUUUAAAUGCGUUUACUUUAUAUUUUGUUCAUGUUUAACAAAGAUGAAAGUAUAAAAAGAUAAAUGGAAAUUACAAGUUUUGUUAUGUAUAAUUUAUGUAAAUAACCUAGCGGGUUAACGCGUCUUAGAAGUGAUUAUGUACAGGUGGAAGUUACUUAGGAAAUAAACAUGAUUUUUGUGUCUAUUCAAUGAUAUAAGUAUUCAGGAUGGUUGUUGGAUCAGCCAGUUAUCCAGGGAGGCAAGUGCUCCACAAAAUGCAGCCCAUGGGCAUGACACCGCGCGAGCUGUCCGAGUACGAUGACCUGGCGACGGCGCUCAUAGUGGAUCCUUACCUGGGCAUCACCACACAUAAAAUGAAUAUUCGUUACAGACCACUUAAAAUGAAUAAAGAAGAGUUGAAAAAUAUUAUUAAAGAGUUCAUACAGACUCAAGAUUACAACAAAGCUUAUAGUAAAUUAGCAAAUGGAGAUUGGAUGCCUAGGCAUUUUAGUAAAAAUAAACAUCAACAAAACAAACUUAGAGAACAUAUUUACCGUUACUUGCGAGUUUUUGACAAGAAAGCAGGGUUUGUCAUAGAACCUUGUUAUAGGUACACAUUAGAAGAUCAGGUUGGAGCCAAGAUAUCUACAACCAAAAAAUUUUUUAAGCAUGAGAGAAUAGAUUUUCUUGUUGGAUGUAUUGCAGAAAUGACAGAAGACGAAGAAAAGCAACUACUUCAUUCUGGAAAAAAUGAUUUUUCAGUUAUGUACAGUUGUAGAAAGAAUUGUGCCCAGUUGUGGCUUGGGCCUGCAGCUUAUAUCAAUCAUGACUGUAGGCCUAAUUGCACCUUUGAAGCAACAGAUAGAGGUAAAGCCUUUGUCCGUGUAUUGAGAGAUAUUGAAGUAGGGGAAGAGAUAACUUGCUUUUAUGGUGAAGAUUUCUUUGGCAAUGGUAAUUGUUUUUGUGAAUGCGAAACUUGUGAGAGACGAGGGAAAGGGGCUUUUUCUGUUAAAAGUGGGGAUAGUGAUGAACAAGCCACCCGAUACCGAUUUAGAGAAACUGACAAUAGGAUUAAUAGGACAAAAGCUAAACAAGGACAAAAGACUGUAAAUGGGAAAAAUGCUGAAAAAACACGAAUAUCACGGCAUCAAGAUUCAAAUAUAGUGUCACCUUUAAGUAUGAAAGAAAUGAAACAAAAGGGCUUAACUAAAUAUGAUGCGGAGCUGUUAAUUGCCCAAGGCUGCAUAGCUGAUGUUGUUGAUGGGUCUGUUCAUAAAGAAGCUCAGGGUAGCCGGGAGUCUUCAGCUUCUAGUCGCGGUGAACGGCUGCGCCGGCGUACAGACAGCGGCCGGCUCGCUGCUCCCGGCGCCGUGGCGAGCGCGGGCGCCGCGCCCAGCGCUGCCAGCUCGCGCCGCGCGCCUCCCUCGCGUUGCUGCAGUGCCACGAGUUCGCGGAGCAGCCGAGAUUCUCAUACAGGUAUUGUCUUGCGUAGUCACAAAAGACUGCUCGAUAAUGGCACACAGUUUGCUUGCUCUAAGCCCAAAAACAUCGCAAAACCAACUUUGGAAUCAAAGCUAGGGAAAAACAUAAACACAUCUAAAGAUCAUCCUGAUAUUUCAACUCCACUUGAAACAAUAGAGGCAAAAUUGAAAACAGAAAAUUCAUUUGGCAAGCAUAAAGAGACUAUGAAAGAUGACUCUCAUGAUGAUAUCACUAAAACAGAUUUAAAUAACUCUGACAUCAAAUGUGAUACAGAAAAAUCUCCUCCUCAUGAAGUUGAAGCAGUCAAUCAGACUGAUGUCAAAUUAGACUGUUCAGAAAAUGUUUCGGAUGGUAAGGAGAAAGAACAAAAUAUUGAUGUACCAUGUGAAAGUGAUAAUAAAUGUAUGAAAAGUGAGAUUUAUGACUUUAGAGAAAAUGUUAACCCAAGUGAGCCUAUUGACAGUAAAAUGAACAAGAACAAAGUAGAAUUAUCCAAUAGUAUUGAAGAGUUCAAAAAAGAAUCUGACUCAGGGCCACCUUGGCUGGCAGACAACUCUAACAAGUCUAGUGAAUGUCCUUGUACACCACCACGAAGAGGACUGAAACUGACUCUGCGAGUAAAGAGAAGUCCUGUGGUAGAGGAAGUGAUGGACUGUGGGAACACUACAGAUGUCCCUGAGUACGAGGUGCUAAGGCUAGAGGGCGUGGACCCUGAGACGGUGCGACGUUUGAAGAAACGGCGCCGGUCGAAAGAGCGCCACCGCAAGCAUAGCCCUGUCCGUCCACUACCACCCAUGAAACGCUUACGAUUAAUUUUUGGCAACGAAAGCCGUACUAUUGAUUUACCUACUGCUAUAUCAGCCGACUGACAGCCACGUCUAGCUUAUGGGUAUAUAUUUCCACCGUUACUAUUCAAUUAUUAGUUUAAUUGACACUGACUAGGUUUAUUUUAUCUAGUAUUUAUUUUGUGAUGUGUACUUCUGAUUGUAUUGUGUGAUAGGUCAUCCGUUUUUUAUUUAAUAAUUCCAAUGAAAUAUUUAUUAAAAUGUAAAUUGUA